CGGCGGGAAGUGGCGGAUUGGACUCGACUGAGUCCCCAUAGUAUUUUAGGAUUGUUGCAGUUGUCACAGUAUUAUGCACAAGCAGGAGCAUCUGGAGGACUUCACCAUCGCUAGUGAACCUCUCUUCCAUUUGGACUCUGCAAAGGAAAGGGAAGUACUGAAGGAAUAUUGAAAAAAGACCAAGUGAAAGGAUGGAAUUAAUUUUAUAAUAGCCACCGUGGGAGACUGUGGAAUAAAUACUAUACAGAUGGUCUGGUAAAUAAGUCAGGUGAAGCUUAAGAAAAUUAAAAAUGGAAAAAGAUGAGAUAAAGAAGACCCAAGAAAUGAAGACUGACCUGAAUUUAUUAUUAGAGUGUCUUAAAUAUCAAAUGGACAACCCAUCUUCACAAAAGGAGGCUUUGGUUACUAUUUAUUCAGUCUGUCAGCAAAACAGUGAUGCAAGUAUUUAUUUUCGAGAGAUUGGUGGUUUGAUGUUUGUGAAAAAUCUUGCAAAGUCAAGCAUUCACAGCAUGGUAAAAGAAGCAGCCUUGUUUACAUUAGGAGCUAUUGCAGAAUGUAAUGUUUAUUGUCAGCAAACUUUGUGCACUUCAGAAUUUUUUGAAGACAUUAUUUGGUUUCUAUCUAAAUAUGAAUCUAACAUCAAUUUGAAAAGAAUGUCUGUUUAUGUGAUGUUAGUCCUGGUUUCAAAUAACAGGACCGGUCAAACUCUUGUGAGAGAAACAGGCUGUGUUGGUAUCCUGCUACAGUUUUUUAGAACAGCUCUUUCCAUGUCUGAGAUGGAUUUGUCAAAUGAAACCAUUUACCAGAGUUAUCAGCUGUGGUCUUCGGUGUGCAGUGCUUUGUGUGCAUGUGUAAAUAAUCCACAAAAUGAUGUCAACCAGAAAAUUUGCAGUUCAGUUUUCCAACAUGCAAAUAAAUGGCUACAGAGCUGUAUAAAACCUGAGAUAAUUCGCCCUAUUUGCUCAUUUAUUUGCCUGACCGUUGCCAAUAACACACACGUACAAGAAUAUUUUAUAUCUAUUGGUGGACUGGCCAUACUAUCUGAAGUUCUGAUAAAGCUGGAACAUGAUUCCCGUGGGAACCUGCCCAGUGCUAAGCUGGCAGUGGUGGUGACUAAGACCCUGGACGCCUGCAUUGCUGACAACCCUGCUGUUGGGGUAGUAGUGGCCAAAUAUCACAUUGUAUCCAAGCUUCUGACACUGCUACUUAAUGAGAGUCUGGAUUCAGGAGAAAAAUUUAGCAUUAUUCUUGCCCUUGGACAUUGCACAGAAGCUUGUGAAGAGAAUCAGCUUCAUCUGUUUAAGAACAAUGGUCUGCCAUUAAUGAUCCAAGUCUUAACUGAAUCACAGAAUGAGGAACUAAACAAAGCUGCUACCUUUGUGCUUCACAACUGCAAAAAAAUUACAGAGAAAUUAUCUCUAAACCUAGAAGAAUUUUCUUCUGAUAUGAAUGAAGCACAAGAGUUGAAAGAAUUGAAGAUGAGAGAGAAGAAUAUUGAAGACUUCUGGAAGAAGGCAAAAGAAAUUCUUCACAGAAUAAAACAGCUUGAAAAUAAAGAAGAUGAGGAAAAAAUAGGAAGAAGAGAAUUGGUUGGUGAUUCUUUGCCAAGGAGCUUAAAUACCCAAAAUACAUCAAAACCUCUAGAGUGGAUAGCACUGAUAGAGGUGCUGAUGCAGAAAGAAGCUGCCCCAAAAAGCAAUGUGAGCCUCAGAGCUGUGAGCCAAAUGCUGCAGAGAGGUGUGAUGGCUCUGCAGGGCAUGAGCCCCAGAAUCCAACGAGGAGUGACAAGGCAAAUCCAGUCAGUGCCUUAUAAAGAGUGUGGGCCUGGCAACGUUCUGAGCACCACUAGUGCGCCAUCGACUGCCAGUGCCCCCAGAAGUCAUAGCUCGUACAGAGGAGUGACUUGUGAGAAGAGGGCUUUGUUAUUACAAACAAGUGAACAAGCUUGUAAAUGUCCAACUCCAGUUGUCAGAAAUAGAAAGCAUCAGUUACCAGUAACAGAUCCACUUGCAUUGUGUUCAGACAUAAUCAGCAAAGAGCUUCCAAUUCAAGGAAGUGACAGUUAUCCUAAAACAUUGAAUUUCAGGUGUUCAGGUUGCAUAGAAGUAGGAAAAUCCCUGAAUAGCAGAAAUUUUAGCAGGCUCUUGCACUCUUGCCCAUUCCAAUGUGAUCGCCACAAAGUCAUUCUGGAAGCUGAAGAUAGAUAUAAAAGUGACCUAAGGAAAUCACUUAUCUUUAACCAAAAAAUACUAUUGACCCCACAUAAGAAAAAAAGGUUUGGUAGUGAAUCUUCUACACAUGAAGAAAGAAAUAAUUUUCAAAACAAUUUCCAAAGAACCCAAGGUCCAGAGAAAAGUGAUUUGUCUGAAGUCAUAAAGCAACUAUGACACUGAAGACUUCUUAACUUGGUAGUACCUACCUGAGCUUGUCGUCAGUGGUCAUCCAUCAACCCUUCAAUCAGUCUACAAGCAUUUAUUAAGUGCCUCUCCCAUGCCCAGCAUUGAGGACUUAAGAAUGAAACAGUUUCCACUCUGGAGGAGUUACAUUGUAAUUCAGGAGACAAGUAGCUUUAAAUAUGUCUAGUGCAUCAAUAUAAAGUUCAUAAAUAUAUGCAAAGUAGUUAAAUGUUGGGAAGGAGGCCUCCUGCAGAAGAUGAUGCUUGACGUAGCUCUUAGAGGAAGAGGACGCUGAGGUAGGAAUAAGAAAGGUGUGCGUUCCAGGCCUGUGGGACAGCCAGUCACAUGAAGGUCAGAAUGGGUCCAGAAUGCAAGAGUGAAAAUGCUAUCCAAUAAAGCUAGAAAAAUAAAAUGAAGCCAAGUCGUAUAUGGCUUUACAAGCUAAACAAAGGAGUUUAUUUUCUCUUCCCAAGAGGCAAUAGGAAACCAUUAGAGUUGAAUGAUCGUGGGAGUCACAUGGUUGAAUCUGCACUUAACAGAAAAUUACUUUUGUAGCAGUGUAGAACAGGGCUUCUUAAACUUUUUCCACUUGAGACCUCUUUUUCCCAUUUGGACAGUGUUUGUUGGCAUUGUGUGGUCUAAGGGCAUGUGCUGUGCAAAGUGUACAUGCUUUGCGUUCAAAACUGAGGCUGCAGUGAAGUUGCACAACGCAACAUGAGCAAACGCUGCCAGAAACAUCUCAAAUUCAUUGUGUGUUUGAUUUUUAAUUAAUUUUUGGUUGUUGCAUGUUUAGAAACCUUUUACUGUUGCCGAGUUUUUCACAACCCAAUAUGGGGUCUUGACCCAUAGUUUAAGAAGCGCUGGUAGAAGAUAGACUGCAGUGGGGAGAGACUUGUUGCAGGGAGACCAGGGCUGCAAUGAUCUAGGCAAGGAGUGAUCAAAGCCCGAACUAAGGUAGAUGUGUGAGUGGGGAGAAAGGCUCAGAUGUGAAAGAUGCUGCGAAGGUAAAAAUGGUAAGAUUUGGUAGGGUAAGGGAGAAUAAGGAUGCAAGCAUAAUGCCAAUGUUAUGAACCUGGGAGCUGGGAAGGAUGGUGGUACCUUCAAUAGAAGUCGGAAAGUCUGAAGACUUCAAGAGCUUGGAGAACCCAGGGUCACCCUGCAUACCACAAGGAGGAAUAGUCCUCAAGACUAUUUUUGUAGUAUGUUUGCCUAAUGCAGCCCCCCUUGGGAAUAUCGGACAAGCCUGCCUCCAGGAAUGUGUAAUGGAGAAUUUGUUUUCGACUUGGGAGCACAUGCAGAUAUCCCACUAACGUUUUUUGUCCACUCACUGUGUAUCAAAGAAGGGGACAUUUUUGAUUGGCUGAUGAGCUGGAACUGAGUUUUUGUGCAAAAAACUCCCACAGGAGCUUACUCUUCUUUCUUCUCUCACUGGAUUCGAGAAAGGAAUAGAAAUUGUUACAGACUUCCAGCUGUUGGCCAGAGGAGCAGGGCCCUUUAUUAGGCAUGUUCAGAGACAAGCUUAUGAAAUAUCUACAUCAGGGACUGGUCUGGCCUUGGCCAGUCUCCCAUUACACAGUCAUCAAUUCACAGCUGGGGGGGAAAUGUGCUUUUAGUCUCAGCUCACUAACCCAGAUAAUCAAGAGUUGAUAGUAUUGAAAGAGAAUUUUUUAGAAGCCUGUUGUGCAUUGAUGCUUAUUUUCUUGAAAAUCAGAAGUAUUAGUUUUGAGUAUAUACAUAUAUAUAUAUAUAUAUAUAUAUAUACAUAGAUAUUUUGCUAUAAAUGUUG